CAUACCAUAAGCUCACUUGGCCCUUCGGGCCAGGUGAGCUAAAAAGGGGUAUGAAAAGUCCCGCUGCAAAUGUCCAAAAGAAGACGAUGACAGAAAUGCCGCGUCUGAAAAUAUUCAUCCUUCUGCUGAAAGUGUGAAACCUGUCGUGAAACCUGUCAGACGAUCCCUUGGGACAUCAUUCGAGACGACUCCCCCGGAGUAUCAUGGCGAGGUUGAGAUUAUGAGCAUGUUGUUUGAAACAAUCUCUUGCAGAUUAAGUGAGUUAAUUAGAGGCUGAUUCCUUCUUCAAUCAUGAAAGAUAACUAUAUCUUAUCCAAGUGGGAAAAAACUGAAUUAGUUGUUCAUGAAAAUUACAAGAAAAUAUGCAAGGCUAUUUUCAAGUCUGAAAAUGUUGAAAAGUCUACAUUAGAUAUACUUGUGAAGUCACACCCAGGGGAUGUUGUUAAUGCAGCAACAAAGGUGAUCUCAAUGGAGUCGAAAGACUUGUGCAAGCGCUACUCUGGAUCUGUUCUUCAAAAAAAAGACAACAGAGAUCUGAUGACAUUUACAUGGAAUGAUUUUCACAAGGAACUGGAAAUCCGUGCUCCCAACAUUUUGAAAGUGGUGUCAUCGAUUGUAAGUGACAUUCCUGUUCCUCCAAAGGAAAAGAAAUUUAUGCAUAUUUUGCACACAGUAGCAUCUGGACUGCAUGGGAGAAACAAUGAAAUGUCAGGUCUUCAUUAUGGCAUUGCUAUGAUAUUACUUCAUGGAGGAUGCACACUGAGGGACAUUGAGAGACUGCAAGAUGGGGCUUUGUGUUUAUUCAAGUACAGUCCAUAACAAACUUGCCUCAUGGAAGGAGAACUUGGACGAAGAAGUAAUGAAGCUAAAUAAUGACUGGGAACAAGGGAGCGAGACGAAAUACCAGCUAGUGGGUGACAACUGGGACAAUAAUAUUUUGCCAUCUUACAGGACUUCACAGCAGAAGACGACAUCACUACAUCUAUUCAACGUCAUAGUUGUUGUUGAUAGAAUUCCAGCAAUAUCUGCGAAUUUGGAUGAUGAAAAUGGUGGAUCAAUGAAUGAUGACUUAGAUGUUGUGAACUUCAUUCCAUCAGUUCUCGACAAGACAAGUUGAUGGAUGAACUAGUUUUCCUUGUAGCAACAGCUGUAAUAGAAAACAUCCCACAGCUGAAAAAAAUAUUCAAGUUUUAUCCCAAACACUUUGACCACAAGAAUAGUCACCAUGCAGGAACCAAGACAAAACAGUUCCCACUAGGCUUGUUUGAUUGUAAUGAGACGAAGACAACAGAACUAAUAAAACUACUAAAGGAACUUCAAGCCAAGUAUGUUCCCUGCAAUGAUGAACAGAUUGUUGAACCAGUUUUCUUUGGAGGGGAUCGCUUAACAGAUGAAAGGUUUCAGGCUGCUCAACUGGCAAUGCUUAAUGGAGGGACGUCUGCUGAAAGACUGGAAGGCUUUAUUUCGAAAAUAGAGGAUUUUCACAGGCUUAUGAAUUUUUUGGAGGCCAUCUGCAAACUGACCUAUAGCACUGAAUCAGGAAGGGAUCGGGUAUCGGCCUAUUACUUCCGAAAUGUGCUAAAUGCCAGAAAUGUCAAAGGAGAUGUCCGGAAUCAUUACAGAGCCUAUAAACUACUGUACUACACAAUUUUAGAUGCUAUGUGUUGUCUGUCAUUUCUCAAUGAAUUUGGACUGAGUGAUUUUGAAGAAGUAAUCCAGUUCCCCGAAAACUUUGCACUUUAUUCUGAAAACGAAAAGAUUUCCUGGAUGAAUGAAAUUUGUAGAUCACUAUUAAGGAAGCAUUUCUUUGAUUCAGACACCGACAUUUUCAGACAACUCAGAGAGAUAUUAGCAGACCCAAGUCAUCCUGAAAACUAUUGGACAUCACAUUUGGAGGACGGUCGCGUGAAAUGUCACUUUUGUGACAAGACAUAUGCAUAUGUCGGAUCACUCAAAGUUCACGAAGAGAAAAUUCACAAUGCAGAAAUUCCACAGACCAAAGCAAAAAGCAAAUCACAAACAGAUGAGGAUCAAUUCCGAAACUACUGUCUACUGCUCGUCAAGCUUGCAUUGCUACACAAAAAUCUUGAUACUGCUGUUGAUAUGGCAGAUGGAGAACGUUCAGUACGGUCAGCAAAAUACGAAUUACCUAUCUAUAACAUAACAAACAAAACAAAGUAUGCUAUUGGAUCGAUUCAUCUAAUUUCACUUACUGAAAGCACUUGCAUUUUGAACAAAGACCAAAAAGACAGACUAACAGCAAACAGAUUCAUUAACUUGCAAGGAGGGAAGAACAACAACAUGGCACUGGACGAGUAUGUGGAGUUGUUAAACAGAGAAAGCAAAGACAUGUUGUCAGGUUUUCAGACGAAAGAAAGUAUUCUGGCACAUUCCAAAGAGUUCCCUCACAUCAUCAAUUAUGUUCAGCAUUAUGAUGAUUUCUGUGCUGUGUCAAAACGUAAAGGGUUUCAUCACCUUCCCUCUUACAGUGAAGAUGUCAGGAAAGUUGCUGUGGAAUUAGCAGACACUGGUGCAUUUUCUUGUGAACGUGGAAGACAGCUUCGGUGUAAAGCACUUUCAGCAGAUGAAAGAUUUUAUGACAGUAGCUUUCGAGGUCUUGGAACACUCAUUCAUAGACACAAGCCAAUAGUUGCCUACCACAGACUGCGUAACAAACGAAUAUGAGCAGUACCAUUUCACACAUGCAGUUCCAGUACUGAAGAUCAAAUAAGCUAUUGCAUUGGACCCCCCUGAAUGUACAG